AUGGCAGAAUCGUUGGAACGUAGUGUAGGUUAUCUGGAGGCCAGUAAUGAGCUACUUCGAAGAACGGUGACGAAGUUACAAGACAAUGCAGAAUCAAACAAUUUCCUAGCACAGACGAUGCUUGAUUGUAAAAGAGUAUUUGAACUAGUUCCUGAAUACGACGUGCAUAAGGCUAAAUUAGAUCUAAUUGAAGAAGUGGAGCCACUAGUGAGGACGCUCGAGGAGAAAUUGGAUAAAUCGACGGUUAGGAUGACAAGAGAAUUGGAUACUCUACAGCAGACAUACGAACUGAACAAAUUAAGAUUGAGUAAGAGUAAAGAUGUGGAAACAGGUAACGAAAUGGAUGUGAGUACAGAUGCUGUAAUAAUGACAUCUUCUACCAAUGAAGAAUUGGCUCAGCUGAAAGAUUUGAAAAGUAGAAAGAUGGAAUUACAGAGCCGAUUGCAAAUGCUAAGAGAAUCGAAAUCAAAAUGA